AUGGUUCUCCCCUCCCUCACAGUCACUGUGGCCGAUGAACACCGCGUUGUUUACUGGUUUAUAAUGGUUUCGCACCCGCCGAAGUCCCCACGGUUGGUGCGGAGCCCCCCGUACUGCGGCGGCACCAGAAGCCGCUCUGGCCGCCGGCCGCGUCUCUAUGGUUCUCCCGCCGCCAUUCGCCCGCUAUGGCGGCGGCGCUGCGGGUCCUCCCGCCCGCCAGGCGGCGCCAUCGCCCAGGCGGCCGCUCUGUCCCGCCACAUCCGGGUCCCGCGCGGCGCGAUGGCGGCGGAGGGGCCCGAGGAGGGGCCGGGCGGCCCCGGCGGGACCGGGGGGGCGGUGGAGGGGGACGGGAACGGCGGUGAGACCCCGGGAACGGGCGGGGGUGAAGGAGCUGUGCCCCCUCCCCCCUCCAUUAACCGUGCCCCUCCCCCCAUUUCAGCCCCCCCGGCCGAGCCCCCCCCUCCCUCCCCCCCCUCCCCCUCCGCUGCCCCUUCCCCCCCUCAGGGCCUGAACGGGACGCCCCCCGCGGAACCCCCCCCGGAGGAGCCCCCCCCGUUCCCCCCCGAGUUCCAGCGGCUCUGGGGGGCGGCCCAGGGCAACCCCCACGACUUCAGUGCCUGGACGGAGCUGCUGGCCUACGUGGAGCAGGAGGAGCUGCUGCAGGGAGCCCGGCGCGCGUUCGACGCGUUCCUGCGGCGUUACCCGUACUGCUACGGCUACUGGGGCAAGUACGCCGAGCUGGAGAGGAGGCUGGGCAGUGCCCGCAGGGCCCAGCAGGUGCUGGAGCGGGGGCUGGAGUCCAUCCCCCUGAGCCUGGAGCUGUGGCUCAGCUACAUCGGGAUCCUGCAGAGCAGCGUGGACCCGGCGCGGCCCGAGAGCGCGCAGCGCGUCAGGGGCGCGUUCGAGGCGGCGCUGGCAGCAGCCGGGAUGGAUUUCCGCUCGGACAAGCUCUGGGAAUCCUACGUGGAGUGGGAGCGGGAGCGCGGCGACCUCCGCGCCGUCACGGCCAUCUACGACCGUCUGCUGUCCAUGCCCACGCAGCUGUACAGCCACCACUGGGAGAGGUUCAAGGAGCACGUGCUGCAGCACCCACCCUGCGCCAUCCUGUCCCCCGAGGAGCUGCUCUGGGUUCGCUCCAAGCUCGGUUCCGCUUCCGGUUCUACUUCCGCUUCCGGUUAUACUUCAGCUUCCGGUUCUGACCCCGCCCCGAAGGCGCCGCCCGAGGGUCCCGAGACCCCCCCGGGGGAGGAGCCGCCCCCCGGGACCCCACCCGGGGCUCAGGAGGAUCUGGACCAGGAGAAGAUCCGGGAGCUCGUGAUCUCCAUGAGGCAGCAAAUCCACGCCCAGAACGAGGCCGAAGUCAGCAAACGUUGGAAUUUCGAGGAUGGGAUCAAGCGUCCCUACUUCCACGUGAAGCCCCUGGAGCGGGCCCAGCUGCGGAACUGGCGCGAGUACCUGGACUUCGAGGUGGCCGCGGGCUCCCAGGAGCGCAGCAUCGUCCUGUUCGAGCGCUGCCUCGUCGCCUGCGCCCUCUACGAGGAGUUCUGGGUCAAGUACACUCGGUACCUGGAGUCCCGCACGGUUCCCGGCGCCCGCAGCGUUUUCCAGAGAGCCUGCGGCUUCCACCUGCCCCGCAAGCCCAACAUCCACCUGCUCUGGGCUGCCUUCGAGGAAAAACAAGGCAACGUUGACGAGGCCCGGCGCAUCCUGCGUUCCUUCGAGGCCGCCGUGCCGGGGCUGGCCAUGGUUCGGCUGCGCCGCGUGAGCCUGGAGCGCCGGCACGGGCGCGUGGCCGAGGCCGAGGCGCUGCUGCUCGAGGCCAUGAGGGACAACGAGGGGCUGCCCCUGGGCUCCUUCUACGCCGUCAAGCUGGCCAGGCAGGUGUGCAAGGUGCAGAAGAACCUGGGCAAGGCUCGCAGGGUGCUGGUGGAGGCGUUGGAGAAGGAUCCGGACAACGCCCGGCUCCACGCCAACCUGCUGGAGAUGGAGUUUGGGGCCGACUUGGGGCAGAACGAGGGGAACACCAUGAGCUGCUUCGAGCGUGCCCUGAGCAGCCCCCUGCCCGACGAGGCCAAGCUGCUCUUCUCCCAGCGGCGCGUCGAGUUCCUCGAGGACUUUGGCUCCAGCAUCCACAGCCUGCUCAAGGCCUACGAUGAGCACCAGAAGAUCCUGAAGGCGCACGCGGCCCGAAAACGGGCACCAGAGAACGGCUCGGGAGGACCCGAUGACAAACGGCUCCGUCCCGACGACCCCUCGGGGCUCCUGGGGCCCCUCAACUUCUCAGGGGGGGACCCCAACCCUUCCUACAACUACUGGUACCAGGCUACAGCACCUAUGGCUACCAGAGCCCCUGGGGCUACAGCCACUACUACGGGCAGAGCUGAGGGGGGGGCUGCACCCCUACCCUGCCCUGACCCCCCUGUACAGAUUGUGGGACCCCCCUCCCCCAAAAUUUGGGGGGUGGGGGGCGUUGUAAAUAAAGAGACUUUGAGGAGUUACCCCAGGCGUUUAUUGGGUUUUGUUCUGUUUUGGGGGAGUUUCUUCUGUUUUAGGGGGGGCUCCCAACAGAUUUUGGGGAUAGCCCAGGGUGGAUUUUGGGGUGUCCUUGAUGAGUUUCAAAGUUCCCCUCCAAGAUUUUGGGGUGUCUCAGGAGGAUUUCAGAAUGCCAGCAUGAAUCCUCAGGUACCCACAGCCAGUUCUGGCGUGGCCCAGGUGGAGUUGGAGGUGCCCAAAACAGAUUUUGGGGGGGGGCUCCAGAGGAGUUUUGGGCUGUCCACAGCAGAUUCCAGGGGGAUUCUGGGGUGUUCCAGGUGGAUUUGGAGGUGCCCCAAACAGAUUUUGGGGUGUUCCAGGUAGAUUUGGGGGUUGCUGCAGAUGUUGCUCUGUCCAGGCUCCAUUUCACAAUGCUCCAGGUGUAUCCACAGCAGCUGCCGGGGUGUCCCUGGCAGAUUUUGGGGUACCCCCAGCAGAUCUGGGGGGUCUCUA